GGCCGGGGCCGGGCACUGCGGGGCAGCCCGCGGGCGGCAGCGGGCUCGGCGCCUCUUGGCCGGCGGCUGGCGGGGCGCUCUCCCGCCGCGGGGGCUGCACAAUGGCAGGCGGGCGCUAGGAUGGAUCCUGCCGUGGCUUUUGUUCUGCAGAUCCACCCAUCCUCUUAGCAGUCAAGCACCGGGCUAUGGUUUUUCCUCUCUGGGGAUCUCUCUUCCGCCUUUUGCCGGUGUCUCCGAGGAGGUUUUGGCCUCGGCUGGGAUUUCACUACCUUACUUUUCGUUUGGCUUCGAGCUGAAAAAAAGGAAAAAAAAAAAAAAAAAGGGAUUUCUUUCUUUUAUUUUCUCUCCACGCUUUUGGUUAUAAUCCAAUGUUGGUCUAGGGGGAAUAAGCGUUCAGCCUGGCUGAAAAAAAAGCAUCCGUUGAAAAGUCUCAAAGAAAUAUACCACGUGAGAAAAAAAAACUGGGAGAAGAUCGGAAUAUAAUCAUUUUUUUCUAUGAUAAAACUGGUGCCCCUCUUCAGGAGAACUGGUCUCAAUUUAUUAUUAUGCAACCACAAGGAUCUCUUCUUUCUCAGGGUGUAUAAGCUGCUGGAUUGCUUUUCGCCCAAAUCAAUGUGGUUUCUUUGGAACAUUUUCAGCAAAGGAUCGCAUAUGCUGCAGUGUCUUUGUGGCAAGAGUCUUAAGAAAAACAAGAACCAAACUGAUCCCCAGCUCAAGGGUAUAGUGACCAGGUUAUAUUGCAGGCAAGGCUACUACUUGCAAAUGCACCCCGAUGGAAGUCUCGAUGGAACCAAGGAUGACAGCAGUAAUUCUACAUUAUUCAACCUUAUACCAGUGGGACUUCGAGUUGUUGCUAUCCAGGGUGUAAAGACUGGCUUGUAUAUAGCCCUAAAUGGAGAAGGUUUCCUCUACACAUCAGAACUUUUUACACCGGAGUGCAAAUUCAAGGAGUCUGUUUUUGAAAAUUAUUAUGUAAUCUACUCAUCCAUGCUCUACAGACAACAGGAGUCGGGGAGGGCCUGGUUCUUGGGGCUGAACAAAGAAGGGCAGGUCAUGAAAGGGAACAGAGUGAAGAAAACAAAACCAGCAGCUCAUUUUCUACCCAAGCCAUUGGAAGUUGCCAUGUAUCGAGAACCAUCUUUGCAUGAUAUUGGAGAAACAGUGCCAAAGGCUGGGGUAACUCCAAGUAAAAGCACAAGUGCAUCUGCAAUAAUGAAUGGCGGCAAACCAGUUGUUAACAAGAGUAAGACGACAUAGCCAGAUCCU